AGAUACUACCACAAUUUCAAACGUCACUCGAACACCUCUGCAAAGCCCCAAAAUCUGUCAAAAUGGCAUCGCAAUCAGGCAUGGUCAACCCGGCCGUCUUUCAGGACCUCCAAGCGCGCAUAGACGAGGACUCUGCGGUUCGAGAUGAGCUGCGCGAUAUCAUACAGGCGCUUGAGAAACACAAUCGCAAUGUCUCUUUCGUGCUGUCAAGAGCCCAUUCCACACCUGUCGGCGAGCUGUCAGAUAUCCUAAAGGCUGCUCAAGAGCCCAUUGACAAUGUCAUUGACACGGUUUCUAAGCUCUCGCAAGCUGCGUCGAAGAUGCCCUACUACAAGUUCAACAACAUGUGGAGCCGUCAGAUGCAGGGUGCAUGCGAGAGUAUCCUCUUCUGGGGCUGGCUUGGUGGCUACAAGUAUGAGGAUGGUGUGGUGCAAUGCGGACGACUCUUAACCAUCGAGGAGCUCGGCGAAAUCUUCAAGAUCCCGGUCAACCUCAAGGAUCGCGAUGAGUUCCACCUCUCACUUGAGGAGUAUCUGCAUUCCCUCAUGACGCUCGUCGAGGAGCUUACACGCCUUGCCCGCAAUGCUGUCACUUUGGGCGAUUACGAGCGUCCGCUGCUCAUCAACCAGUUCGUCAAGGAUCUGCAUGCUGGAUUCCAGAUCCUCAACCUUAAGAAUGACAGCCUACGCCGCCGCAGCGAUGGCCUCAAGUAUCGCGUCAAGGAUGUGGAGGACGUGGUGUACGAUCUUUCAUUGAGGAAUUUGGUUCCGAAGAAGGGAGAGCAGCAGUAAGUAUUGACAUGGUUCAAGCGAUGGUGCAAGGAAUGAAUGUGUGUAAUGCCCCAGGUAAAAGUUUCGGACAUGGCCAUCAGUAAUGAGGUAUCAACAAAGGAAAUGGACAUACCAUGAAUUGAAAA